GGAGUAUUGGUGUAUUCAUUUUGGGGUUAUGCUUGUAAUGUUUUUAAAGCUGUUUAUUUUUAAAAGUACCCAAAAUCUAAAAAUAAUUACAUUUCAAAUAUUUUAAGCAUCAUUUUCUGCAGUCUUUGAAGAUAAAGUAGAGUUUCCAAAAGAAAAAACUGUAAUUAUAACGAAAAAAAAAAUCACGUUUAGGACACUCGUGCAAGAGAAACUCUGUCCCUAAUUUGCAAUUAUUACAGUCAGUGUUGUUUUGUUUUAUUUUUUUGUGUUAUCAUGUCUAGUUUUGGAGUCUGCGAAACGCCUGGGUGUGACCAACCAGCUAAACUGAGGUGUCCAACAUGUAUAAAAAUAGGAAUUCCUGGCUCGUUCUUCUGCUCACAAGAAUGUUUUAAAGGAAAUUGGAAAUCACAUAAGAUCAUCCAUUCAUUAGCCACUGGAGAAAGUCACACCAAGAAUAGUGCAGAAUACAACCCCUGGCCUUAUUUUGAUUUUACUGGAAAAUUACGACCUUUUCCACAAACUCCUAAGCGCACAGUGCCACAAAGUAUUGGAAGGCCUGACUAUGCAGAUCAUCCCAAUGGUUAUCCCUUAUCAGAGCAAGCUGUUAAAGGUUCUAGUCAAAUAAAAGUUCUUGAUGAUGAAGAAAUUGAAGGUGUCAAAGUUGCCUGUAAAUUAGGGAGAGAAGUUUUGGAUGAAGCUGCAAGGGUUUGCGACGUUGGAGUGACUGCUGAUGAUAUCGACAGGGCUGUACACGAAGCUUGUAUAGAGAAAGAGUGUUAUCCAUCACCUUUAAAUUAUUACAAUUUUCCCAAGUCUUGUUGCACUUCAGUGAAUGAAGUAAUUUGUCAUGGAAUACCAGACUUAAGAAAGUUAGAGGACGGUGACAUAUGCAACGUCGACGUUACGGUUUAUCAUCGUGGUUUUCAUGGUGAUCUUAAUGAGACGUUUUUUGUGGGCAAUGUUAAGCCUGAACACAAAAACUUAGUUAAAGUAACACACGAAUGUCUUAUGAAAGCAAUAGAUAUCGUUAAACCUGGCGAAAAGUAUCGGGAAAUUGGAAAUGUCAUUCAAAAACAUGCUCAAGCUCAUGGAUUUUCUGUAGUAAGAAGUUACUGUGGCCAUGGAAUUCAUAGACUUUUUCACACUGCACCGAACGUACCUCACUAUGCCAAAAAUAAGGCGAUUGGUGUAAUGAGGCCAGGUCAUAGCUUUACCAUAGAACCAAUGAUUUCCAUGGGGACAUGGAAGGAUAUUAGUUGGCCAGAUAGUUGGACAGCAGUCACUGCAGAUGGGCAAUGGUCAGCUCAGUUUGAACAUACACUUCUAGUAACAGAGACUGGUUGUGAUAUUCUGACAAUCAGAAGAGAGAAAAACGGUCAACCUCAUUUCAUGGAUAAAAUGUGAAUAAAAUCCGAGUGUUUGCUUGAUAAAAUUAAUUUUAGUAAAUUCUUUUUGCUAUAUGUACAAGUGCCUGAGUCUGGUGCGUAUAAAAUGUUGUAAUAAA